CAUUUUUGCGCCCUUUCGAACAAGUUUCCCCCUAGAGCGCGAAUACGUAUGCAUCUAGUUGGACAGAUCGGACGCUGAAGGCAAGCUCGCAAAUCAAACAUGAUGCAUCGUCAACCAAGUUCUAGUGAUUUUGCCAGAGAAGAAUCAGUAGUUCCCAACAUUCGACCUAUCAUCUCCGAGAUUCGCCGCACUCUUCCCCAACGAAUACUUGUCCACAUAUAUGAAGCUUCGGGAAUUCGAUUCGUAGGACAUUUGUCUUUCUGGGAACAUUUUCUGAAUCUCAAUCCUGACAUAGAGCUCAGAGCUCAAGAUCUACGGAGACUGCUCUUCGGCGAAGUGUUCAACGAAGCAAGGUAUCUUGAAGAAUUACCGGACAGGAUAGCUUUGUACUUGAAACCGAUGUUCAAUACAAUUCCCACCGAAACGUUUGAGUCUGAAGAUUUGAACGGGAGUGAAGAUUUCAUGUUGAAUUUCCCACAAAGUGCCGUAGCAACGGGAAUAAGAAUGAAUGAACUCGUCAACUACAUCAUAGUGCCAAAUCCGUCUGUACCUAAUAUUCCUUUGGUUCCACUGAACAUGGACGCAGCAAACGCUCAACUCCCGUCCGAAGUUACAUCCACCGGGGAAGACGAUUUGUGCAAGAGAUUUGCACGCCUCAUGCACGAACUCGUUCGGGCCGAUGUCGGCGCAACCGACUUAUCAGGCCUCCCUAGCAAGGAAUUGCGCGAAAGAGUUGUGGCACUCGUGAAGAUGGGGAUAGCAGUAUGUGACUUGUUUGACCAAAAGAUGGGUGCGCGUAAAGUACAACAAAGUGCUCGGGUCCUAACCGAAGAGGAUCAAUUGGUUCCCACCACUUCUAACACAACGAAGCGUGUGGGAUCAUUCGACGAUUCUGGUCUGGGACUAUCACCGAGAAAACGAGCCCGUCUGUUGCAAAGCUCCACGCUACCAGCAGUCAGGAAGCAGGAGCUGCGACGAACUGCUUCAGCCUCUACCGAGCAUUGAGAAGCUUUUUUUUAUAUUUGAUAUUGUUUUUAUAUUUUUGUGCGCUUUAUGCUGCUGGCUAUGCGGUUAGUAAAUUG